AUGGAAUAUUUGAUUAAAUGUCUGGGAGAAUUCAAAGACAAUCCUGACUUCAACUUUCACCCAAAAUGUGAGAGAAUUACCCUCACUCAUCUCAUGUUUGCUGAUGAUCUCUUGCUUUUUGCAAGGACAAAUCAUAGCUCUGUGACUAAGAUCAUGGCUGCUUUUAGAAAGUUCUCUUUGGCCUCUGGAUUGGAAGCUAGUAUUGAGAAGAGUUGUAUCUAUUUUGCUGGUGUCUCUACACAGGAGGCUAAUGCUAUUGUUGUUGUUAUUUCUCUCCGAGUGGGCAAUCGUCCUUCAACCAUAGCUCAGUCUUGGAUGGCAAAAUCUCUUAGCUAUGCUAUAAGACUUCAACUAAUUAGAAGUAUGCUUAGCAGCAUGCGAAACUAUUGGGCUCAUAUCUUUCUUAUAUCUAAGAAGCUUAUUAAAGCUUGUAGCUACUCCUCUGAAGUGUGGACUAAGGUGCUGCAGCAGAUAAAAGUGGUCCAUACUCCCUCAUGCUUUGAUGUAGAAAGUAGAAUUGUGAUUGGCAAAGCAAAAGGGAAGAAGCUUGAAGCUCAAGUGUUUGUGAUCCUCUUCACUGAGAUUAUUGUGUAUGCCAUUCGGAAGCAAACAAACAUGAAACUUUUUACAGUGGCAAUCUACCUAUGCAAACGCUUGUAA